AUGGCACCAGGAAUUCUUUCAGGCUCGCUUGUAAGCGAUACAACACUCCCGCAAAAUAUACCAGAAACUCAGCAAAUACCUUCGAACAGAUUAGCGGACAAACUUUCUCACUCAAAAACCAACGACAAUAGUCACGGGAGCCGGACGAGGCUUGGGUAUAACCUUAGCGUCCGCCAUUGUUGAAGUUGGUGGUCGCGUCGCUUGCCUUGAUAUUCUGGCGGAGCUUGCAGAAGCAGAAUGGAAAUACUUGGAGAAAGUUCGGCGUAUCGUAUCAUCGUUGCGAUAUCACCAAUGACGAAGCCCUACGAGAAUUGUUCGCAUCAGUGAGCGAGUGAAGCGCAGAAGCUCUGUGCUCCUCUUCAAGGCACUAUCGCCUGUGCGGGAAUCCAACAAAAACUACCGGCCCUAGAGUAUCCGGCGGCUGAUUUCGAAAGAAUGUUGGGCGUGAACAUCACUGGUGCCUUUUUGACUGCGAAGAAUGUGGCAAAAGUCAUGGUUGCAAAUGGCACACGAGGCAGCAUAGUGCUAAUUGCUUCGAUGUCCGGAACUAUCGCCAAUCGAUAUUCCUUACUUAUACCGCACAAUUCAAGCAAGGCGGCUGUCCAGCAGAUGUUCCGAUCUCUGGCCCAAGAAUGGGGUCAAUAUGGAAUUCGCGUUAAUACAUUAUCGCCCGGAUACAUUCACACUGCAAUGACAGAUGCCCUCCUUCAAGCUGAGCCAGAGGUCGAGAAGAUUUGGAUAUCUGGUGCCCUUCUUGCGAGGCUAGGAGCCCCUGAAGAUGUUAAAGCGCCAAUUGUUUUCCUGCUGUGGCCUGGGAGCAGUUUUAUGACCGGAGCAGAUCUUAGAGUUGAUGGAGGUCCUUGUGCAUCGGUGUAG